AAACGCAUUUUCUUAUGAGUUUUUCAUGAACGAAGUCGCGUUCGCAACAGGAACAUAAAAGUUGGAGAAUCGAUUCAAUUUUCUAUUCAUGAAACAACAGAAUCGAUGAUUGACAGAUAUUUGUAACGGUUCUUUUUGCUUGGAGGAGUAUGUUGGUUCUCAGAGCGACGCUCACUAAUCGAUUUCCAGCUACCGCUGUGUUGCGACCGGUUGUUCAGGAUUCCUUAUUUCGAAGAAAUUUCGCCGCAAGUGCUAAUCCCGAAGCGAAGAUGUCGUUUGAAGCUGAAAAGCAAAAAUUCUUAACCAUGCCGUUGGAAGAGAAAAGAAAAUACUAUAAAGGAAGCAUUACCACAUUGGAUCAAAUACCGUCAUGGGUGAAUUAUUGGAAUGAGAACAAAACGAAUAUCGGGAUAAUGACGCUUGAGAAAGUCGAAAAAAUCGACGAAGAAGUAGCUAAGAAAGUCUCUAUGUGGCAAGGUGACAUUACUUCCCUAACGAUAGACGCGAUCGUAAAUGCCGCAAAUUCGAGCCUUCUUGGCGGUGGUGGAGUUGAUGGAGCUAUUCACAGAGCCGCUGGACCAAAUUUAAAGAAUGAGUGUGCUACUUUGAGAGGAUGUCGAGUUGGAGAGGCUAAAAUAACUGGGGGUUACAUGUUGCCUGCAAGAUAUGUCAUUCAUACCGUUGGACCCCAAGGAGAGAAACCAGAGAAGUUGAGAGAAUGUUAUGAAAAUAGUCUUGCUGUAGCCAAAGAAAAUGGACUGCGCACCAUAGCUUUUCCUUGCAUAUCAACAGGAAUAUACGGAUACCCUCAAAGACCAGCCGCUAAAGUAGCUUUGGCUACGGUAAAGAAGUUCCUACUCAACAACAAAGAGGUGGAUAGAGUCAUAUUUUGUCUAUUUUUAAAAAGUGACAAAGACAUAUACGAAGAGUUAUUACAGAAGUAUUUUGCCAUCGAUUAGAUCCUUACUGAUUAUUAUCCAAUGAAUGGAGUACAAAGCAAACAUAAAACUGUAUAAGA